CUGCGGCAGGCGCGGAGGAGGACGAGGGCGGGCGGGCAGGCGGGCGACUGGCGACUGGCGGCCGCGGCGCUGCGGAGCCGGCGCGGCGGCCGCACGGCGGAGGCGGGCGGCGGGGACGGCACCUUGCCGCCGCAGCGCCGCCCCCCGCGCCUCCCCCGGCGCCGCGGGCAGCCGGUGCCCCGCGCAGCCGCCCGCAUGGAGCCGGGCGCGGCGGGGGCCGGCGGCGGGGCGCUCUUCCUGCCCCUCAGCGACAGCGAGCAGCAGCGCUACUCGGAGCUCUUCGCGCGCUGCUGCCCGCCCGGCGCCGCGGCGGCGCCCCCCGAGGCGGCCGCCGGGGGCAGCAGCGUGGGCGAGCUGUUCCGGGCCUCGCAGCUGCCCCCGGACACGCUGCACCAGAUUACAGAAGUUUGUGGAGCCAAACGUGUGGGUUAUUUUGGUCCUGCUCAAUUUUAUAUUGCUUUGAAGUUAAUUGCAGCAGCACAGUCAGGGUUUCCAGUACGGAUUGAGAGCAUUAGGAAUGAAUUGCCUCUGCCACGGUUUAUGGCGCUGAAAAAUGACAGUGAAAUACGUUAUGGGAAUCCAGCAGAACUCCAUGGAGUUAAAUUUCAGGUUCCACAUGCAACUUUGGAAAAAAAUUCCUACAAAAGAACAGAUGAAGGGGACAAACAGGAGCCCAAGUCUCCUCCGAUGUCACCAAUCUGUUCACCUCCUGCUUCUCCGUCUAGUUACCAGAGAACACCCUUAAGUUAUGGAUAUGGUAAAUCAAGAAAUGGGCUGGAGCAGCAGCAUGGAGCACCUUAUGAAGUCAGACAUUCUACACACCAGCAAGAUGGACCGUCAUCAGGGAAUUAUGGAGCCAAAUCUGCACAUGCACGUUCCACUCUUAAUCGGUCUCUUUCAGCAGAGAGGGAGCCACCGGACAGCAGCACCCAUUACGCAGAUGACCCCUGGAGAAUAACUGAGGAGCAGCGAGACUAUUACGUCAACCAGUUCCGGUCCCUGCAGCCUGACUUGAACUCCUUCAUUUCAGGUUCCGUGGCAAAGAAUUUCUUCACAAAAUCAAAGCUUCCCAUUCCAGAGCUUUCUCACAUCUGGGAACUGAGCGACGUAGACUGUGAUGGAGCACUGACACUUGCUGAGUUUUGUGCGGCUUUCCACCUUGUUGUUGCUAGGAAGAAUGGUUACCAGCUGCCGGAGACACUGCCGGAGACGCUGCUGCCUGACUACCUGCAAGCAGCUUCUUUGAAGCCUAGGCAUGACUGCACGUUAUUUGAUUCCUAUUCUGAGUCAUUGCCAGGCAGUCAGCAGACUCGGGACUUUAAUCGGACAGAGUCUUCUCUCUUUAAGAAGACAUCAGCUGAAGAAAUACCUGAUAACUCUGCCCUGAUACAAGAUGCAAAGAAGGAUGAUAAACAAGUUCUUAAAACAAGCAUUGCUAUCAAACCAAUACCAAAGGAAUUUCAGCACUUGACUGUGAAAACAGUUGCUCAGGAAUCUAAUGCACUUAAAGCCAGACCGAGAUCCAGGUCUUAUUCCAGCACAUCAAUAGAAGAUGCCAUGAAAAAGGGAGAAGAGCCCCCUACUCCACCUCCAAGGCCACAGAAAUCCCAUUCCAGAGCUUCCUCUUUGGAUCUGAACAAAAUAUUUCAACAAAACGCACAAGCUGCGAGGUCUGGCUGGCUGCCACCACCACCACCUGCAUUGCCCCCUCGACCUUCUGUAACUCAGACAGAGCAAGUAUCUGAGGUUGAAUUACAUCCUCAGAUGAAUAGAGCCCCAUCACAGACAGAAGAAAACAGUUCAACAAAGAAGGAGGUUGUGCUUGCUCAGCCGCCCUCCAAACCCGUCCGCAGGAAGUUCCGGCCUGAGACGCAGGCGCUGGAGAACCCCGAGCUUUCUCCCACCAUAAAUGUGACUUCUUCUUUGCCAGCAGUUAAGCCUCACCUCCCAGUCCAAAAACAGUCUUCCAAGCAGAAAAGGGCUAUUCAGACUGCCAUACGAAGAAACAAAGAAGCCAAUGCUGUGCUAGCCAGGUUGAAUAGUGAGCUCCAGCAGCAGCUGAAGGAAGUUCACAAGGAACGAAUUGCCUUGGAAACACAGCUGGAGCAGCUACGUCCUGUAACAGUCUUAUGACCUUCGGCACGUUAUUCAGUGGCAGGAAGAGAACACUUGUGCCAAGAGUCUUACAACAAUAGGAGCACAGCACAACUGGGUAAAGUUUUCACCGGGGUGAUGGCAGUGGGGAAGAAUAGGUUGUCAGGUCUCCUUUGUGCCCUACUGUGCAAGUUCGCCUUUGCAGAUGAAGAAGGUAUAGAAAAUAAAUAUCAAACUGUAGGAUAUUUCUGAGUGGGGGAUGGUUUACCCUUUUCCCACCCUCUUCCCAGUCUAACAUGUAAAUGCAGUUUGCCACUGAAAUGAAUAGCCUAAGAGUAUUUUAUUUAUGUAAAGAAUUCCUGAUUUAUAUACAUUGUUGGAGCACCUCUUGCUGCAGUUAUUAAGAGGUACAUAAUUCCAGAAUUCUUGUUUAAAACUCAUUCUCUGAGAUGGGUUCCUGGAUGUUACUUAUUCCUGUAGGAGUAUAUCAUGGCAGAGUAUCUAUGGGUUUAAAGUAAAACCAAGAAUAAAACUUACUGGACGUACAGAGUCUUUAUCUGCAAUCACGUCAGAUAAUUAUUUUCUUAAUACUGUUUAUUAUUCAAUCACGGAUGUAUUUUAAUGUUAGAGGAACUGUAUUUUAUAAGUAACAAAUCAUAUGAAAGAGCAGUAAAAAGUGUUAAAAUUUGAUUAUUUUGGAAAUUACAAAAAAAUCUUUUUUGGGGGGCUAUAACUGUUUGCUACCACUAGUGUUUGAUCUCUUGCUUGCAACUGCUAGUGUCCUUAUAAACUGUUAGCAUGUUUGAGAUCAUUGGUUUAUUGCUUUCUUGUUUGUUUUUAAAUCAACAGUGUAGUUCUACUAAGAGGUUAAAAAUGCAUUCUGCUCAGCACUUUUAUAAAAGCUAUUCUAUGUACGUUUGUAUUAGUCUGCUUUCUUGUCUUAAUAGCUGCUGAAUUGUUCUAAGGAUGUGUACAAGAACUGUAUUUCCAAAAGAAAUGAGAUUGCACAAGUGCUAUAUAUGAGGUUAUAAAAUGCUGUGAUGGAAAUUGCCUCCUACAGCAAGCUAUCAUUAAGGUUCCUUUGCACCUCACUGGAGGUGCUACUGAUAGGAUGAAGCUGCUAAUGCCCAUCUAUUUUCUAAAUGAAGAAGCAGAGAUUAAUUUUUAACCUGGGUCUGGUGAAGAGCCAACUGAAUUCCAUGGGAAUUUUUCUGUGGAUGCAGUGGUCAUUGGAUUAGGUCUCAGUUCUAGCAAUGGAAGCCAGUCAACUAAUGUUGUUUAAUUUCUUGAGCCAAUACUCAUAUCAGAUAAUUUCAUGCAUAAUGAUGUCAGCCGUGCUCCCUUCACGGUAUGAUGCAUGCUUCAUUGCAAGGGAAUGUCACCUGCCUGCUAGCCACCUUAAACAUGACACUGGAUGUGUUUCAUAUCCUAUUGUUCAGUGACCUAAUUUAAGUGUAUGCAUUUGGCUUUCAAAAAAUGUGCAUCGUUUUUCUUCUAUUUCCAGGGUGAUGCUUUCUCCCUGUAGCUAGAGGAUGGCCCUGGGGCAGGGAGAAAGGAGAAGCAGGUUUGAAAUACCCAAUGGUUGCAGUGGGAUAUCAAGCAGCCAAAAGUUUUGCUCAGAGAUAAAUGAGAAUGACAUCAACAUGAAUGCCUAAAGAGGUGACUAAACAGACUACUUUUGCUGAAGAGAUGUGUGAUACAGAUCCAGAAAUUCAAAGCUGGAAAAAAUGAGCAUUUGCACAAUUGUUACUAAAAGUCUGUUUUUUUUAACAUACUGCUUUUAAUUCAGCUAAAUAUCACAGUGUCAACAGUAAUAGCCAUUUCUUUGGAUUUGGGCCUUUUUGUGUGACUGGUCCAUAGCUGGAGGGAGAUGGUCAUUCACAGUCCAUGACAAAAUACUAGAACUGCAAACUUUCCCUGUGAGCUGCAAAAGAACUGCUAUCCUCUUGCUAUUAGUGGUAGUGUUCAGAAGUUAACAUCAUUUAUUCUUUAUGUUCGUAACACUGAAUGAUUACUGAGAUUUUAAGAAAGUUAAAUGCUUUUUGUUUGCUUUUUAGUUCUCGCACUGUCAUUUGGUUAAAAAAUAGCUAUUUGAUAGGAAAUAAUCAUGUGGCACCUCUGGUUUCUCUUCUCACUGUAAAUUAGGAUACCUGGAUAACCAUCAAGGCAGUAUUUACUCAGUCAUUACUCUACCACAGGAGUUAAUAAAUUUAAAAUUUAACUGUCACUGAGGCUACAUUUUUAGGGGUGCAAUCAAAUGCUCCACUUGGCUUCAAGGCCUGGAAUAUUAACUGAUCUUCUAUUCUGUUUGGUGUGGUAUCAGCUAUGAUGAUGAUAUACUGCUUUAUAAGGAAAGCAGAAAGGAAAGCAAAAUAUUCAAGGAGAAAUGGUAAUGUGUUACAUUUAUGAUGCAUGAAAUUAUUCUCCUGUAGGUCUCAGUACUUCAGCAAUCAUGGUAUUCCAUGUAAAAUGAAAAAGUGACUCUUGUUUUGGGGGGUUUUUAUCCUUCUGAGAGGGAGAGGAGAAGGCAUAAGGAAGUUACAGGCACUGCUUCUGGCAACCAGUUGCUCAGCACAGCUAUGCCCAUGGCUACUGUUUAUACAUCCUGGCUGGUCCAAAUUCACAUAUAAGUCCAGUAUCACCAAAUUGCUCAAGAAAUAUUUUUCCAUUGGAAAAAUGGAGGUUCAGAGGAGUCAUCAGUUCUUACAGAAACAUUUACUUGAUGAAAUUUUGGAUGGGAGAUGCUCCUAGACCCAAGACAAAGCAUCUGGUCAAAAUGGGAGAUCUCACAGCUGAUUUUUUUUAAUGUCUAAGAUACUUUCUUGGGCUACAGGAGAGCAAUGAACUUUCAAGUGCUUGGUCUGCCUGACCUAGGACAGGAAUGAGGACCUGCCUGUCCCAGCUUGCAGCCUUACUGGUGGCAGAAGCGCCUUUUUGCUCUUUGGGGUUCGCUCUCUUCAAUUCACUGAUUCUGUAGGUAUUUACGCAGAGCAGAGGAUUGCAGCAGGGGAGGCUGCCUGGGAACAGGAGCUAAAACACUGCUCCCUCGGACCCGACAGGGUGUGCUGACCCCUAGGUUGGCAGGGUCCAUGGCCUGCUGCCUCUUCCUAAAUGUUCACUUUCCUACGGCAAUCCCAGUUUGGACAAUUUAAUAUUCUUACACAUCCCAGAUAAGGAUCCUCUUCAGUUUGGGUAUGUGUGUGUAUGUAAAUAUGUGCUCAUGUUCUUUCUUUUGAUCAUACAUUUCUUUGUGGACUCAUUCAUGUUUGUUACACCUAAUACCUUCUAUGAAAUACUUGUUUCAAUACAGGGUAAUUCACAGGUGAAAAAAGGAAAAUGUCCAACUAAGUGUAGUGAUUUUUACCUUUGUAGGUCAAGCUGUCAUUGAGUCUUUAAAUAUAAAUAAUGACCUAGUAUUAAGCAAGCUGAACAGUUUCCAUCUCAGAGGCAUCAGUUUAAACAAACUACCUAUUACAAACAGCCAUCCUUAAUAAUUAGGAGGAGGAUAUUGAUCACUAAAUUAAUACUAGGAUGCAGUGGAAAUAAUAUCAUCUCUUUCCAGAGAGUUCUCACGUGACUGACAUAGCAAAAAUGUCAGUCAUCGGUCAAUACAGCCCUGUUAAUGGUAUGUUGACAAAUACCCUUUAACUCAAAAGAUUAUCUCCAAACUGUUUUUAUGUUUUGCUGCUGGGAAUUCUUUUGCUACAUCAGGGAGAGGAACUUGUUCAACUGUCAUCCACAUAUUAAGAGCGUGAUACUAUCAGGGCUAACCAGCACAGGGAGAGGAUGGCUUGUGUUGUAAAACAACCCCAAAGGGAUGGCUGGGACUCAGAACUCUUCACAGAAAGCUUUUAGGAUUGACAUAAUAUGGAAAUUACCUUUCCUUGGUGUAUGAGCUGCUUUUCUCUCAGCUGAGCUCCCAGAGUGGGAUAAAGAAAAGUUCCUAGCCGGAGUAUGAGGAGUGUCAAUUUUCCACAACCAUCAGCCCUUUAGCCUUCAGCACACAUAGUCCUUGACAAGAAAAUGCACGGUGUUAUGAAAGUCAGAAGGAAAAGAGGUCCUAAUGAAGCCACGUAUUUUUUUGACUAAAGUGAAAAAAUACUUUUUCAGGGAAAUAAAACCCAAACGAUGUAGUACCCUUAAGAAAAAAUUACGUAUUUUGAAGCUUUGUUCAGUUAUCUUCAUGAUAAUGUACUAUGAACAUAUGUGUUUUGUUUUAUUCUGAUACUGAUUUUUUUAGUAUGAAAAAAAUGGUAUUGCAAGCAUUAUCCUUGUUAAUCUACAAAAAAAUACCCUGAGGCUACUAAAUAUUUGAAUUUUAACUUAUAAAGUAGAUAGCCAGAUUUAAGCAAUUUGUUUUCACAGCUGCAGAAUGUCCAUGUAUGUGAUAUGAAACUGGGUGCUACAUUAAAAUAAAAGUAUCCAAUAACUUCAAA